AAGUGAUACUUGAGGACAGGACUGGAGGGUGGAGCAGAGCCGAGCCGAGCCGAGCAGCGACUUCCUAAAAGUGCAUUCCUCUGCCCUCAGCUUGAGGCUCGCUAUGCUGUUUGAAGCUAACCGUGACUGACGCUUUCUUUGACUUGUUUGUCACUGGCUCAACAGACGGACUAAACUCCGCUUCACGGUUCCACCGGAGCAGGUUUCACCCCGUCUCCUACCACGCUUUCUACUUUCACUUUCCCAGCGGGGGAGCGGAAAACAGAACUUGGGACAGAACUUGUUGAUUUCCUGGAUGGAAACGGACAGUCUGCUGACCGGGAGUGUGAACGGAGUGUCCGGGGACUAUGGCUCCUCGACGGGCGCAGAGGACCGCGGGUCCCCGGGCAGCAGACGGACGUCGUGCACCGUGGCCGGGGACUUGUGCAUGGUCGGCGGGGACACAGAUGAUGAGGACCUCUACAUCCAACAAGCUGUUGUAUUCAUUGAGGAUGCCAUACAGUUUCGGUCCAUCAACCACCGGGUGGAUGCCCGCUCUCUCCGCCUGUAUCGAUGGUACUACUCCAGGAUAUGCCAGUGGGGCUUGGGCCUAACCAUUGCGGUGGUGUUGUUGCUGGCAUUCGUGGAGCGCCCGUCCUCCCUGUCCGCUUCCUCGGACCCCCGGCAUCGCUCUCCACCCUGGGAGCCUCCCUGCGGCUUCACCGAAAGCAUCGAGAUGGUCUGCCUUGUCAUCUUUACUCUUGAUCUUGCUGUUAAGAGCUACUUGAUUGGCUGGGAGGAACUCAGAAAGAACAAAUGGCUGAUCGGCUACACAGUAGUCAUUUCAGUCUCCACCAUCGACUGGGUGCUAUCUGUCAGCAUGGUGUGUGAUGAGAAACUUCGAGUACGGCGACUCCUCCGGCCGUUCUUCCUCCUGCAGAACUCUUCCCUGAUGAAAAAAACACUCAAGUGCAUCAAGAGGACGCUGCCAGAGAUCGCCAGUGUCAUCCUGCUGCUGGCGCUCCACCUCUGCCUCUUCACUAUGAUCGGCAUGCUGCUGUUUGCUAAAAGUGAGGAUCCAGACAAGAACGAGGAGUGGAAGCUACACUUCAGAUCCCUGCCUAAUUCUCUCACCUCUCUGCUGGUGCUGCUCACCACUGCCAACAACCCAGAUGUGAUGAUCCCUGCCUACUCCCUAAACAGAGGCUACUCCAUCUUCUUUGUCACCUUCAGUGUGAUUGGAACCUACUGUUUGAUGAAUUUACUGACAGCUAUCAUCUAUAACCAGUUCAGAGGAUAUUUACUGAUGUCGGUCCAAACGUCCAUCAUCAGGAGACGACUGGGGAUCCGAGCUGCUUUCCAAGUCCUCAGCUGCCAGGGAGCCCAGCGGGCUGUCGAGGAGCAUGUGCAGGUUGAUGUGGUGCUGAAGGUCAUGUCCAGGGUCCAGAUGAAGUGCUACUACAGAGCAGCCAUCACUACGGAUGCACAGCAGUAUGCAGAUGUGGGCUACAUGGAUCGAGAGCAGUUCACCAAGAUAUUCGAUGCUCUGGAUAAAGAUCACAUUAAAGAGCACCCCCCCUUGCCCCAGUACAACUCCCCAGUUCUGCAGAGAUGCCAGGUGAUCUUCAGUCACUACUAUGUCACAAUACUUGGCAACGCAGUGGCACUGGCCAAUGUCAUUUGCAUAUGUACCGUCCUGGUGUUGAAUUCUGAAAAGUCCACAGCAGAGAGAGACAACUUUAUCAUGGAGAUCAUCAACCUGUGCUUCAUCCUGUACUACCUGUUUGAAAUGUGCGUGAAGAUCUUUGCGUUCGGCUGGAGAGGAUACCUGUCCUACAGGAACAACAUCUUUGACGGCUUCCUCACCAUCCUGCUCCUGGUCCUACAAUUCACUAUAUAUGUCACCUACAGGCUUCCGUAUUCUGACUGGGACCCAUCUUCCCAUGGCGUGAUGUCUCUGUGGGAGAUGCUCCGGUUGAUCAACAUGUUGAUUGUGUUCCGCUUCCUGCGCAUCAUCCCAGAUAUCAAGCUCAUGGCUUUGGUCGCAAGUACUCUGUUGGACCUGGUGAAAAACCUCCGAGCCUUCGCAGGGAUACUGAUGGUGGUGUACUAUGUGUUUGCUGUUUUUGGGAUCUGGCUGUUUGAAGGAGCCAUUAAACCUCCGCCAGAGAUGAGUGUGCCCUCCAAUUCCUCCAUGGGAAACAUCACCUCCAGCAUGGAGUGUGGCACCUAUGAGCAGCUGGGCUACUGGCCAAAUAACUUUGACGACUUUGCUGCAUCCCUCAUUCUGCUGUAUGAUGUCAUGGUAGUCAACAACUGGCAGGCCUUCAUGGAUGCGUACAGCAGAUACACCACUGAGUGGUCGAAGAUCUACUUUGUGUGUUGGUGGCUCACCUCCUCUGUCAUGUGGGUCAACCUGUUUGUGGCGCUCAUCUUAGAGAACUUCAUCUAUAAGUGGGACCGUAGUCACAGAUGCUCCGUUACAGAUGUGGAGAGGAUCCGAUAUGAAACCUCUGUUCAGCUCAUGUUUAGAGAGCAGAUCCAGGAGCCAACUGAAGAGGAAUUGCUAUGUCAACUACACCAACACCCCCACUUACACAUACACUGGUGACACACACACACACACACACACACACAGUAUCAUUUAUUGUUACUAAAUGAGUCUAUUGUGUGGUAGAAGUACUGAAAGGGUCAAUAUUACAGCAUUCUAAUACUAUAAUUAAUGUAUUUUAAUUUUGGAUUACUACUGAAACAAGUAGGAAGCACAUGUUAUGAUUUGUCAUGUUCAUGAACCACUGCAAGCUGUAGCCUACACAGGUUUCUACCUGGUAGAGGCUCUGUGGAGGCAGACGUCAUGUCAUUGGUUGAGAUCAACAUGAUUGGGCGGAGCUAAAGAACCACAAGUUGUGGGCCAAAUCCAUACUGUAAUACUGUAAAGUAUCUUUGCAAUAACUGCACAAGAAAUGAAUCAAACUGCGACAACAAAAAGCUCCUGCCAAUUUUAAAUUAAAGGAACGCCACAUAGAAUUUUCCAAAUUUCCGAAUGUAACUACUUUAUGAUUUGUUUGCCAAGCUGUGGCACCAACGUCCUCGAGAGUUUCACUAGAGUGAAAACAACUGAAUGGAGUUUGGGAAGGGCUUCCAGUGGCGGUUCAAAAAACAUUAAAGCGAUUUUAGGGGUACCAAAUACAGUAUAUUAAGCACAAGGUCUGGUUCUCCCAUGAACUACACUAUGAUAAUUAGCCUGGCAUUGUCAGACCCAUCCGUAAGGUCUGGCUACUGCUAAUCAUUCUGGGAAAGGGAAAAAAAGGCCUCUGGCUUGUUUGUAUUUCUUUAAACCAAUCAACAACCGUUCUGGGCGGGGGUGAGAGGGGGUGCCAGGUGUCCAGGCUUCAUCGCAGCAAUGUACAUCUGUUGAGCCAGACUAUAUAACAAUGAAAACAAGAACACUCAUUCAGUGUUAAUGUACAUUUCAGUUAUCACUGCCAAUCAAUACUAUAUUACAAUUUCAGGAGGGCACAAUAUAGGCAUAAUAUAGGCCCCUGUAGGCUUAAUAUUACAAGGGCACUGCCCUUCCCCCCCAGAGCCUCCAGAGCAGUGUUUUCUCAAAAUGGGGGUACCACACAUACUUUUGAGUACUGCAAGGGGUACGUGAAUGUGUGUGUGUUUUUAUGUAAAGUUAAAAAAAUACCAGUCAAGCAUAGUUCCUAAAAUAAUUUUACUGUUAAUAAUGUAAUAAUGAAUGAAUUUAGUGAUGGAUUCUAAACAUUUCAAAUAAAAAUUUGAGUGUUUUUCCGUUACAAGGUUACUGUUUAGUAAAUCAGACACAGCGCUGUGCUGUAAUGUGCCUCUAUAUAGCCUAGGUUGUUGUUCUACCAAAUAUGUUUUACGCUGUUUAUUGCCACUUUAUUGAAAUAAGAGAACCACUUAAAUAUGGGUUGUAUAUGUGUAUGUAUAUAUGUGUGGGUACUGCUGCUGUAAAAUGAGAAUAACCUUUAUUGUGCUUGUUUACAAAGAAUUAGCAGAUGUGAUCUUUCACUGGAUGCAGUCAUUGCACCACUAAAACCAUAAAAGACUAUGCGGAAACUCAAAAGUGAAAUGGCUUCACCAGCUUUUUAAGAAAUCUGAUCUUGCUCCCAGUGACUUUUGCCUCUUUCACACGGGGAACCUACAACAUUUUCCCAAUGUGAUUUGCUAUGUGGAACACAUUUAAGUUGUCUCUUUGAGGGACCAUCCUAGAUGGGUUGGUGUCUUUUCUCCUCUGCACUGCAGGAGUGUACGUAUAGUGUCACAGAAAAGUAAGAAGUAAAGAAGUAAAAUAACUGUGCACAACAGCAGUUGCCCCUUUUCCUUGCCGCUGACACCCUGUUAAAACCGCAACCCCACUUCACCCUGCAGUAGCCAAUCAUGUAGCCGGAGCCCUGUAGAGGAAACAGGAAACAUCACUGCCUCUAUCGCUGCCACAAGAAAGCCAAAGAACACCAAACACAAGUUCAGAACUGCCCGUGAAAUGUUUUUUUGCAGGAUGGUAGGGGAAGACUCAUGAAUAUUCAUUAUGGAACUCAACCCUGAAUGGCUAGUACUUGUUGCCUGC